UUUUCCGUUCUGCUUCGCAGUGUCCAGUUUGUGAUUGAAUAAUUCCGAUUCAAAUCUAAAAUGUCCCUACUUGUGCGGAAAACUCUCUCUAGAAACACAUUCAACGUACUUCGGAGCUUGUACCCGCUAGCCUCGUUUACCACAUUAAAUCAAAACGUCGAAAACACCGGCCCCAGCAGAAGGAUACCUUCGCAAUCAUCCAUCGCAUUACACAAUCAUCAGCUGAUUCGAUGGAAAUCGAAGAAAUCCGCCGGUCGCAGCAAAGCUUCCGGCAAAGAACGGGAUGACGAGGAUGAUUCUGAUGAUGAAGCAGCAGAAAAGGACCUGGAUGAAUUUGAUGAUCUGACGAACGAUAAGCACAACCGGGUCCUAAAAACCAGUGUCGGUUCGAUGCGCGCCGAUCUGAUCCUGAAGGCGGGACUCGGAGUGGCAAGGAACAAAAUCGAAACCAUGUUCUACGAGAGCAAAAUCCGGGUGAACGGCAAGAAACUGCUGAAAAAAAGUGCCCUGGUGGAUGUCGGUGACGAGAUUGACAUCAUCCGGGGCAUCAGCCCUAGCAAUGCAGACCAUCUGAUCGUAUCGAGGGUGGAAAUAUUAGCGGUCAAUCCACGGACUGAAUCUAUUUCCGUUAGCAUGAGGCGACAUAAAUCGUUGAUAAUCGAGAACUACGAAAGCGAUCACGUCCAUUAGAGG